UAGGUAUGUUGUCUAUGCAGUUAACCUUUUAACCAGCAAGCAAACUGAAGAGUAGUUAACCUUCAUCUUAAAAUUAUUGUGAAAUUGUUCUAGGUAGUUUUUCAAAAUGUUAAUAAUUGUCGACCUCUGUUCGUGGAUGUACCAUGAAUGUAUUCCAAAAAAUGUCUGGUUUGGCUAAAAAUAUUUUUCAACGCGGUUGGUGGUUUCAUCCUGAAAAUGUGCACUACAACAAGUUGUGAUGAAAGUCUCUAUUCCUUUAAACCAUUUUGCUUUAAAAGGGUUGUUUUUGCUCCCACAAGUGGUAAGAUACCCCAUCCAAGAAGUGGCCAUCGAAUAGGAGCAGAUGCAACUAGUUUUUAUGCCUUUGGAGGGUAUAAUCCUCUAAUAAGAAAUGAGGAGUAUCAUUACGAAGAUGAAUCUUAUAUUGAUUCCUACCCGUUGUUCCAAGAAUUGUGGCAGUUUAAUUUUGCAUCCAAAAAAUGGAGAAAAUUUAGAAACAGUUCUUCUUUGCCAAAGGAAUUGGUAUCAAAUGCAUUGCUUUUGCAUAAACAUUUUUUAAUGGUUUAUGGGGGAACUGGGUCACCAUUCGGCACAAGAUGCAGCAACCAGUUAUAUAUUUGUAAUAUAAAGGAUGAUUCCAUUCCAAUGGAGGAAGUGAGGACUAGUGGUCAGUUACCACUACCCCAAUAUGGCCAAGCUGUUGUAUACCAUAAUGAUUACUUGUUUACCAUAGGUGGAACCACGGGGUUUGAUUAUACGUGUGAUAUUCAUAGACUUAGCCUAAAGACUUUGGUAUGGGAAGCUGUGUACUUGUGUACCGGUGUGGGAGACCAUGAACCUCCAGGACGUUACCGACAUGAGGUCGGUUUUGACGGAAAGAAAAUAUAUAUCCUCGCUGGAGGAACAGCUGAUGAUGUAUAUGACUUUGAUUCCGUACCCGCUUUUGAUAUCGAAAAGCGAGAAUGGUACAGCGAGUUAACCAAACCUGCUGGUAGACAUGGAAUACCAAAGGGACGAAGAUGCCACGGAGCCGCCCAAAUCGAUAAUGGAAAUGGAGUUGAAGUAUUUAUAACAGGCGGUCUUGACGGGCACAUGAUAUUUAGAGAUUUAUGGAGACUUAACCUUAAAAGUUUCCAGUGGACGUUUUUUGAAACCUGUUUUCUUCCGCGACCUACAUAUUUUCACGCUGUCACAGUGACUCCUCAAGGAAGAUUGUACGUUUUCGGUGGAAUACAUAGCAUAGAUGAUGAAGUAAAAAGAAGUAAUGCGGUAUUUUCUACUUGGGUUUGUUUUCCUAAAUUGAGCGAAUUGUGUUGGGAGGCGAUUCUUUAUUAUAGCCCGGAUAUUUCACAAUGUUCAGGUGAUGAUCUUAUUAAUUUGGGAUUACCUAGACAUUUUGUGUAUCGGUUAGGUGAGAAAAGUAAAACUUGUAAAUAUUACUUUUUUUAGUUUUAUUGCAUCAAU